GGCUCCAGGAUUUGUGCUUGAGGCAGCCACAUCACGCGGUGAGUUUCCGGCACUUUCUCAUUCUCAGCUUUCAGACAGCCAUGCGCGAGGCGAUCUGCAUCCACAUCGGCCAGGCCGGCGUUCAAAUUGGCAACGCCUGCUGGGAGCUGUUCUGCUUGGAGCAUGGCAUCCAACCUGAUGGUCAGAUGCCGUCCGACAAGACCAUUGGCGGCGGCGAUGACGCAUUCAACACUUUCUUCAGCGAGACUGGAGCGGGCAAGCAUGUUCCCCGUUGUGUGAUGGUUGACCUGGAGCCGACGGUCGUUGAUGAAGUGCGCACUGGCACCUACCGUCAGCUCUUCCAUCCAGAGCAGCUCAUCUCUGGCAAGGAAGACGCGGCCAACAACUUUGCACGGGGGCACUACACCGUCGGCAAGGAGAUCGUUGAUUUGGUCUUGGACCGAAUCCGCAAGUUGGCCGAUAACUGCACUGGUUUGCAGGGCUUCUGCGUGUACAACGCGGUUGGCGGCGGCACGGGAUCCGGCUUGGGCUGCCUGAUGUUGGAGCGCUUGUCCGUGGACUAUGGGAAGAAGAGCAAGAUCUCCUUCACAGUUUGGUCGUGCCCACAGGUGGCAACGGCAGUGGUAGAGCCCUACAACACUGUGCUUUGCGUCCAUUCCCUGCUCGAGCACACGGAUGUGACCAUCAUGUACGACAACGAGGCGCUGUACGACAUUUGUCGCAGGAAUUUGGACGUUGAGCGCCCGACCUACACAAAUUUGAACAGGCUGAUCGCUCAGAUCAUCAGCUCAUUGACGGCAAGCUUGCGGUUCGAUGGGGCUCUGAACGUGGAUAUCACCGAAUUCCAGACAAAUCUUGUCCCUUACCCGCGCAUCCACUUCAUGCUCACCUCCUUUGCUCCGGUGAUCUCGGCAGAGAAGGCAUACCAUGAGCAGCUCUCCGUGGCGGAGAUCACCAUGUCCGAUGUGAAUGCGGCAGUUGCCACCAUCAAGACCAAGCGCACCAUCCAGUUUGUGGACUGGUGCCCGACUGGCUUCAAGGUCGGCAUCAACUACCAGCCUCCUACAGUCGUGCCUGGUGGUGAUUUGGCGAAGGUCAUGCGCGCGUGCUGUAUGAUCUCCAACAGCACGGCCAUUGCCGAAGUCUUCUCCCGUAUUGACCACAAGUUCGAUCUGAUGUACAGCAAGAUCCUUGCCGCAAAUUUGGAGGUAGUGCGCAUGGCGAUCAGAGGGAGAGGGCGCGCGCGCGUGGGCGCGCAUAGGCGUGCCUUCGUCCACCACUACGUGGGAGAGGGCAUGGAGGAGGGCGAGUUCUCCGAGGCGCGGGAGGAUUUGGCGGCAUUGGAGAAGGACUACGAGGAGGUGGGCAUCGAGACAGCCGAAGGGGAGGGCGAAGAGGAUUUGUGCUUGAGGCAGCCACAUCACGCGGUGAGUUUCCGGCACUUUCUCAUUCUCAGCUUUCAGACAGCCAUGCGCGAGGCGAUCUGCAUCCACAUCGGCCAGGCCGGCGUUCAAAUUGGCAACGCCUGCUGGGAGCUGUUCUGCUUGGAGCAUGGCAUCCAACCUGAUGGUCAGAUGCCGUCCGACAAGACCAUUGGCGGCGGCGAUGACGCAUUCAACACUUUCUUCAGCGAGACUGGAGCGGGCAAGCAUGUUCCCCGUUGUGUGAUGGUUGACCUGGAGCCGACGGUCGUUGAUGAAGUGCGCACUGGCACCUACCGUCAGCUCUUCCAUCCAGAGCAGCUCAUCUCUGGCAAGGAAGACGCGGCCAACAACUUUGCACGGGGGCACUACACCGUCGGCAAGGAGAUCGUUGAUUUGGUCUUGGACCGAAUCCGCAAGUUGGCCGAUAACUGCACUGGUUUGCAGGGCUUCUGCGUGUACAACGCGGUUGGCGGCGGCACGGGAUCCGGCUUGGGCUGCCUGAUGUUGGAGCGCUUGUCCGUGGACUAUGGCAAGAAGAGCAAGAUCUCCUUCACAGUUUGGUCGUGCCCACAGGUGGCAACGGCAGUGGUAGAGCCCUACAACACUGUGCUCUGCGUCCAUUCCCUGCUCGAGCACACGGAUGUGACCAUCAUGUACGACAACGAGGCGCUGUACGACAUUUGUCGCAGGAAUUUGGACGUUGAGCGCCCGACCUACACAAAUUUGAACAGGCUGAUCGCUCAGAUCAUCAGCUCAUUGACGGCAAGCUUGCGGUUCGAUGGGGCUCUGAACGUGGAUAUCACCGAAUUCCAGACAAAUCUUGUCCCUUACCCGCGCAUCCACUUCAUGCUCACCUCCUUUGCUCCGGUGAUCUCGGCAGAGAAGGCAUACCAUGAGCAGCUCUCCGUGGCGGAGAUCACCAUGUCCGUGUUUGAACCUGCCUCGAUGAUGGUCAAGUGUGAUCCUCGUCAUGGCAAGUACAUGGCUUGCUGCAUGAUGUACCGAGGGGAUGUUGUCCCGAAGGAUGUGAAUGCGGCAGUUGCCACCAUCAAGACCAAGCGCACCAUCCAGUUUGUGGACUGGUGCCCGACUGGCUUCAAGUGCGGCAUCAACUACCAGCCUCCUACAGUCGUGCCUGGUGGUGAUUUGGCGAAGGUCAUGCGCGCGUGCUGUAUGAUCUCCAACAGCACGGCCAUUGCCGAAGUCUUCUCCCGUAUUGACCACAAGUUCGAUCUGAUGUAUAGCAAGCGUGCCUUCGUCCACCACUACGUGGGAGAGGGCAUGGAGGAGGGCGAGUUCUCCGAGGCGCGCGAGGAUUUGGCGGCAUUGGAGAAGGACUACGAGGAGGUGGGCAUCGAGACAGCCGAAGGGGAGGGCGAAGAGGAUUUGUGCUUGAGGCAGCCACAUCACGCGGUGAGUUUCCGGCACUUUCUCAUUCUCAGCUUUCAGACAGCCAUGCGCGAGGCGAUCUGCAUCCACAUCGGCCAGGCCGGCGUUCAAAUUGGCAACGCCUGCUGGGAGCUGUUCUGCUUGGAGCAUGGCAUCCAACCUGAUGGUCAGAUGCCGUCCGACAAGACCAUUGGCGGCGGCGAUGACGUAUCGCGCUUGAUACGGCCAGCAUUCAACACUUUCUUCAGCGAGACUGGAGCGGGCAAGCAUGUUCCCCGUUGUGUGAUGGUUGACCUGGAGCCGACGGUCGUUGAUGAAGUGCGCACUGGCACCUACCGUCAGCUCUUCCAUCCAGAGCAGCUCAUCUCUGGCAAGGAAGACGCGGCCAACAACUUUGCAUCGAGGUCAAAUUUAGGCUUCUGCGUGUACAACGCAGUUGGCGGCGGCACGGGAUCCGGCUUGGGCUGCCUGAUGUUGGAGCGCUUGUCCGUGGACUACGGCAAGAAGAGCAAGAUCUCCUUCACAGUUUGGUCGUGCCCACAGGUGGCAACGGCAGUGGUAGAGCCCUACAACACUGUGCUCUGCGUCCAUUCCCUGCUCGAGCACACGGAUGUGACCAUCAUGUACGACAAUGAGGCGCUGUACGACAUUUGUCGCAGGAAUUUGGACGUUGAGCGCCCGACCUACACAAACUUGAACAGGCUGAUUGCUCAGAUCAUCAGCUCAUUGACAGCAAGCUUGCGGUUCGAUGGGGCUCUGAACGUGGAUAUCACCGAAUUCCAGACAAAUCUUGUCCCUUACCCGCGCAUCCACUUCAUGCUCACCUCCUUUGCUCCGGUGAUCUCGGCAGAGAAGGCAUACCAUGAGCAGCUCUCCGUGGCGGAGAUCACCAUGUCCGAUGUGAAUGCGGCAGUUGCCACCAUCAAGACCAAGCGCACCAUCCAGUUUGUGGACUGGUGCCCGACUGGCUUCAAGUGCGGCAUCAACUACCAGCCUCCUACAGUCGUGCCUGGUGGUGAUUUGGCGAAGGUCAUGCGCGCGUGCUGUAUGAUCUCCAACAGCACGGCCAUUGCCGAAGUCUUCUCCCGUAUUGAUCACAAGUUCGAUCUGAUGUACAGCAAGAUCCUUGCCGCAAAUUUGGAGGAAUCAGCUUUCUGCAUACAGCGUGCCUUCGUCCACCACUACGUGGGAGAGGGCAUGGAGGAGGGCGAGUUCUCCGAGGCGCGCGAGGAUUUGGCGGCAUUGGAGAAGGACUACGAGGAGGUGGGCAUCGAGACAGCCGAAGGGGAGGGCGAGGGCGGCGUGCAGAUUGGCAACGCCUGCUGGGAGCUGUUCUGCUUGGAGCAUGGCAUCCAACCUGAUGGUCAGAUGCCGUCUGACAAGACAAUUGGAGGAGGUGAUGAUGCAUUCAAUACUUUCUUCAGUGAGACCGGGGCCGGCAAGCACGUGCCCCGCUGUGUGAUGGUCGACCUGGAGCCGACGGUCGUUGAUGAAGUGCGCACAGGCACCUACCGUCAGCUCUUCCACCCAGAGCAGCUCAUCUCUGGCAAGGAAGACGCCGCGAACAAUUUCGCACGCGGGCACUACACCAUCGGCAAGGAAAUUGUGGAUUUGGUUUUGGACCGAAUCCGCAAACUGGCCGAUAACUGCACCGGUUUGCAGGGCUUUUGCGUGUACAACGCAGUUGGCGGCGGCACGGGGUCCGGCUUGGGCUGCUUGAUGUUGGAGCGCUUGUCCGUGGACUAUGGCAAGAAGAGCAAGAUCUCCUUCACAGUUUGGUCGUGCCCACAGGUGGCAACUGCAGUGGUCGAGCCCUACAACACCGUGCUUUGCGUCCAUUCCCUGCUCGAGCACACGGAUGUGACCAUCAUGUACGACAAUGAGGCGUUGUACGACAUUUGUCGCAGGAACUUGGACAUUGAGCGCCCGACCUACACGAACUUGAACAGGCUGAUCGCUCAGAUCAUCAGCUCAUUGACUGCGAGCUUGCGGUUCGAUGGGGCAUUGAACGUUGACAUCACCGAAUUCCAGACAAAUCUUGUCCCUUACCCGCGCAUCCACUUCAUGCUCACCUCCUUUGCUCCGGUGAUCUCGGCAGAGAAGGCGUACCAUGAGCAGCUCUCCGUGGCGGAGAUCACCAUGUCCGUGUUUGAGCCUGCCUCGAUGAUGGUCAAGUGCGAUCCUCGUCAUGGCAAGUACAUGGCUUGCUGCAUGAUGUACCGCGGAGAUGUUGUCCCGAAGGAUGUGAACGCAGCAGUUGCCACCAUCAAGACCAAGCGCACCAUCCAGUUUGUGGACUGGUGCCCGACUGGCUUCAAGUGCGGCAUCAACUACCAGCCUCCUACGGUGGUGCCAGGUGGUGACUUGGCGAAGGUCAUGCGCGCCUGCUGUAUGAUCUCGAACAGCACGGCCAUCGCCGAAGUCUUCUCCCGCAUUGACCACAAGUUCGAUCUGAUGUACAGCAAGCGUGCCUUCGUCCACCACUACGUGGGAGAGGGCAUGGAGGAGGGCGAGUUUUCCGAGGCGCGGGAGGAUCUGGCGGCAUUGGAGAAGGACUACGAGGAGGUUGGCAUUGAGACGGCCGAAGGGGAGGGCGAAGAGGAAGGCUACGGUGAUGAGUUCUAG